AUGCUCAAGAUGCACCGUGGUAAAGUCCACGAGGUGAAGAACCGAGGCCUCGUGCCAAUAGCCACGAACCAGGGACACUGGGGUGACCUUUGUCACAGCCCAGCGCCACUGUCUCCCUCCUCUCCUCCUGCAGGGCUGACUCAGGGGGGCGGGACAGAAGCUGUGAGAGUGACUGCCCCACCCAGCCCCAGUGUCACUCUGGUCAAGGGAGCUCCCAACCCAGUGAGGAACCUGACAGUGGAGGCUCGGACCAACAGCUCCAUCUCCCUGAGCUGGGAGGUCCUCGAGGGCUCCGACACGCAGAACUACACCUACUGGGUCCAGUGCACUGGAGAUGGUGGCAAAAAUGAGACCCAAAACACAACAGACACCAGGAUCACAGUGGAGGGACUUGAACCUGGGUCUUCGUAUGCAUUUUCUGUAUGGGUGGAAAUGGAUGGAGUCACUAGCUCCGCGGAGCAUCUCAAUACCUCCACGGCUCCCAACGCAGUCAGAAACCUGAUAGUGGAGGCUCAGACCAACAGCUCUAUCUCCCUGAGCUGGGAGGUCCCCGAGGGCCCAGACAUGCAGAACUACACCUACUGGGUCCAGUGCACUGGAGAUGGUGGCAAAAAUGAGACCCAAAACACAACAAGUACCAGUGACACAGUGGGUGGACUUACACCGGCGUCCUUGUAUGAAUUUUCUGUGUGGGCGGAGAAGGAUGAAGUACCUGGCUCCAGGCUGACCUUCGUGGCGGCCACAGCUCCCAACUCAGUGAGGAACCUGACAGAGGAGGCUCAGACCAAUAGCUCCAUCUCCCUGAGCUGGGAGGUCCCCGAGGGCCCCGACACGCAGAACUACACGUACCGGGUCCAGUGCACUGGAGAAGGUGGCAGAAAUGAGACCCGAAACAUAACAGACACCAGGGUCACAGUGGACGGACUUGAACCCGGAUCCUCAUAUGAAUUCUGGGUGUGGGUGGAGAAGAAUGGAGUGCUUGACUCCGGGCAGAGUCUUAGCAUCUCCACAGUCCCCAACACAGUGACAAGUCUCAGUGUGCAAAACCAGACCAACAGCUCCAUCACCUUGAACUGGACACCUCCCGAGGGCCCAGGUGAUUUUGUCUACACCUACUGGGUCUCAUGGGUCCUCGAGGAGGACGUGACUGACUCUAGGACCCAAAACACCUCAGACACUGGAAUCACCCUAAAGGAACUGAACCCUGGGAGCCUGUACAACCUCACCAUCUGGGCAGAGAGGAAUGAAGUCAGAGGCUAUACCAGGACCCUUACUGUAGCAACCGCUCCCAAUGAGGUCACAGAUCUGCAGAAAAGAACUCAGACCAACAACUCAGUCACCCUGUGGUGGAAGGCCCCCACAGACCGCCACUUUGGGCUUUACAUAUACUGGGUCCAGUGGGCCAGCGAGGGACACACCCAGAGGGAGCAAAGCCCCCAAGGAGAUUGGGCCAACCAGACCUCCAGCACCAAUGAGACUUGGUACGAGGUGGAGGACCUUGAACCUGGGACUCUGUACAACUUCAGCGUGUGGGCAGUGAGGAAUGAUGUAGCCAGUUCCAUACAAAGCCUCCAGGCAUCCACAGCCCCAGACUCGGUCACCAUCACAUCCUGCGCCAGCACCUCCGGGGGCUAUGGGGUCAUCCUGACCUGGUCCUGCCCCUCGGGGGGCUACGAGGCCUUCGAGUUGGCAGUGGGCAAGCAGCAGGUCUCCCAGGACAGGUCUGCAUGUGGACAGGGCGUGCCUGUGUCGGGUCUCGGGCCGGCUCGGUCCUACACAGCCACCAUCACCACCGUGUGGGACGGAAUGAGGGCCCAGUCUGCCCCGGUGACCUGCCACACGGAGAGUGCAGGGGUCAUUGCUGGAGCCAUCGUGGGCGUCCUCCUGUUUCUCAUCCUGGUGGGCCUGCUAGUGUUCUUCCUGAAGAGGAGGAAUAGGAGGAGCCAAGAGAAAGCACCCCCCGAGGAUCUGGUACUCAGCUUCCCAGGGGACAUCCUGGCCAAGGAUUUCGCUGACUACGUCAGGAGGAAUGAGAAGGACGGCAACUGGGGCUUUGCAGAGGAGUACCAGCAAUUGGCCCUGGAGGACCACGGCCACUCUCAGAUGGUGGCCUCAGCUCCAGAGAACCAUGCCAAGAACCGCUACAGAAACGUGCUGCCAUAUGACUGGUCCCGGGUGUCCCUGAAGCCCUUCCGUGGGGAACCAGGCUCUGACUACAUCAACGCCAGCUUCAUGCCUGGUCUCCACAGCCCGCUGGAGUUCAUUGCAGCCCAGGGCCCCCUGCCGCACACUGUGGGCGACUUCUGGCGCCUGGUGUGGGAACAGCAGAGCCAUACCCUGGUCAUGCUGACCAACUGCAUGGAGUCUGGCCGGGUGAAGUGUGAGCAUUAUUGGCCCCUGGACGAUCAGCCCUGCACCUAUGGGCACCUGCAGGUGACCCUGGUGGGUGAGGAGGUGACAGAGACCUGGGCGGUGCGGGAUCUACAGGUCUUGCAGCUGGAGGAGCAGAAGACCCUAUCUGUGCGUCAGUUCCACUACCUGGCCUGGCCGGAUCACGGUGUCCCCCACUCCCCAGACCCCUUGCUGGCCUUCUGGAAGGUGCUCCGGUGGUGGCUGGACCAGGCGGUGGAGGGAGGCCCGCCUAUUGUGCAUUGCAGUGCUGGCGUGGGCCGCACUGGCACCCUCAUUGCCCUGGAUGUCCUGCUUCGGCAGCUGGAGUGUGAUGGCCUCGUAGGGCCCUUCAGCUUUGUGAAGAAGAUGAGAGAAAGUCGGCCGUUGAUGGUGCAGACGGAGGCCCAGUACAUAUUCCUGCACCAGUGCAUCCUGCGGUUCCUCCAACAGUCAGACUCAGCCCCAGAGGAGGUGAUGUAUGAGAACACGGCAAACCUCAUCUACGAGAACAUGGCCGCCACCCAGGUCCAGGAGGUGGAGGCAUAAGCUAUGAGAGGGCUGAGCAGGCAGCCCAGCUGCACUCAAGCUCUGGGUCCCCACUGGAGCCCAGAUUCCUGGAGGAGUGGAGGACUGGGGUCCCAGACUCCUGGGCCCUAUGGGAGGAGGGGGCUGGGAGCCUGAACUGUGGUUUCUCCAGGGGAGAGGGGUCUGCUUCCACUCAUGAAUCCUGUGGGAGCUGGGGGCCUGGACACCUGGCUGCUUGUAGGAGAAGGUGGUAGCUUGGAUUUUCCUGUUCUUUGAGAAGGGAGGGAGAAGGAAGCUGGGGGAGAGGGAUGCAGCAAGAACCCAGGCUGGAAUCUGGAUUCUGAGGGAGGAAGAAGUUGGGGUCUGGAAUUCUGGCUACCCAAAGAGCAAAAGCAGGCAGGAUCCUGCCCCGCUUUUACAUCAGAAAACAAAUCAAGCUGACGCCAUGGCACUCUAGCCUGGGCAAUACAGUGAGAUUCUGU